AUGGACGACUCACCCUGCAACUCUAAAUGUAACCGACCUACUACAUAUUUAAGUGAUAUACGCGAUUUCGACUCUCUAAAUGACGUAGUACAGAAUCUAAUACGCGAAGCAAUAAAAAUAAGAAAAAGAGCGUACUGUCCCUAUUCAAAUUUUUCUGUCGGCGCCGCUUUAUUAACCGAAGAAGAUUCAAAAGUGUAUACUGGAUGUAAUAUUGAAAACUCCACGAUGUCCCCAACCAUUUGCGCCGAACGGACUGCAAUCCCCAAAGCUGUCUGCGACGGUUACUUGAAAAUCAGAAUGAUUGCUAUCGUAGCACAUCAAAAGGACUCGUUCACAGCACCAUGUGGAGUUUGUAGACAGACCCUUAGUGAAUUCCGUGGGAGCGAUGGUGACAUAGAAAUAUAUUUAAGCAAACCAACAAUGGACAAAGUGUUAUGUACGAGACUUUCCGAAAUUCUUCCACUCUCAUUUGUUAGUUUUAAAAAAGAUAAUGUGAAAUCAUAA